GCAGAGAAGCAAUCUUUACACAUACAGCCAGUCAGCAGACGGGCGACUGUCUUCUCAAGAAAGGAGUCCUGUGCCCUGACCCAUACGAUGCCACGGGGAGAGACUCACUCCAUCUACAGCUACCCCAGGAGGGGGCACAGCCACUCUUACACCACAACUGAAGAGGCUGCAGGGAUUGGCAUCCUGAUAGUGGUCCUGGGAAUUUCCCUGCUCGUGGGCUGCUGGUACUGCAGAAGACGAAGUGGAUACAGAACCUUGAUGGACAAAGGCUUGCAUGUUGGUACUCAAAGUACCUCGAAGGAAAGAUGCCCACAAGAAAGAUGCUCACAUGAAGGACUAGGUCAUCAGGAUAGCACACUAUCUUUUCAAGAUAAAACCCCAAAACCUCUGGUUCCUAAUGCUCCACCUGCCUAUGAGAAACUCUCUGCAGAACAGUCACCACCACCUUACUCACCUUGAGAGCCAGUGAACCAGCUGAGAAAUGCUGAAAUUAUCUCCCUCACACUUUUAACUUCAUUCUGAAUAGAAAACUAUAUGUUUUGCUUUAGAACGCUGUAACAGCAAUGUAUAUCAUUAGCA